CGGAAUCGAAUUUAGGGAUCGAAGACCACGUUUCUCGGUUACUUAUUUUUCGCAAUUUCGUUUUGAGUGAUUCGAAAUUGAGACAAAAUCGGAAGUUUCUAGCUCUGAAUUCGUAGCCCUUGAUUCGAGGAAUCAGUUUCGAAAAGCAAAGAGUAUUAAGAGUUACAGAGAUGGGAAGUAGAGGUAGUAAUCGUGUGGGAGAUAAAUGGAAUGAGAUGGGUUGUGAUGAGAAAUCGAGUGUGAUUCAGGAAGAGAUCAAAAGGGUUAGUAAGCUUCCUUCAAACAGUGUUUAUGCAGUUCAUCGUCUCAAGGUUCUCAAUAAAAUCAACGAGCUUUUAUCUGUUCAAAGAACGUUAUCUCAAGAGAGGGAGUUAGAGUUGCUCUUCACACAGCUCUCUCUGUAAAAUAUCCAAGAAAAAUGUGGUAUGUUAGAUUGGAUUAUACGUCUAUCUAUUUUACUAAUGUAAUUUUAACAUUUUACUCAAUUCAAGAUUGCUGGUUGAUCAAUGAUAUGGUGUUCUUGGUUCUAA